AAUUACUUUAACACCCUCGAGUAUCAGUGCUGGGCAUUAGGGUCUUAGGGACAUGUCAAAGUCUAAAAAAAAAGGUUUGAACCAUAAAUUAUGAAGUCUUGGUAGCUCAAUGGAACAUCCCAAUCCCAUCAUCUUCUCUCUCACAGCAACAGAUAUGGAGGGAGAAGAGAAGUGCUCUCUAACUUCUCCUUUGAUUCAAAUAUCAGGAGAAAAUGAUGGUUUUACAGUGAGCAACAGAGAUAGAAGAAAGAAACUUGUUGAUGAAGUGAAGAAACAGCUAUGGCUAGCAGGACCUCUAGUAGCGGUGAGUCUGUUGCAGUAUUGCAUACAGAUGAUAUCAGUGAUGUUCGUUGGUCAUCUCGGUGAGCUAGCUUUGUCUGGUGCUUCAAUGGCUACUUCCUUUGCAAGUGUCACUGGUUUCAGCUUGCUGAUGGGAAUGGCAACUGCCCUGGAUACCCUUUGUGGACAGUCGUAUGGGGCGAAGCAGUAUUCUGUGAUGGGCAUACACAUGCAAAGAGCCAUGUUUAUCCUUAUGCUUGUGAGCAUACCCCUUGCUAUUAUAUGGUUGAACACAAGACGUAUUCUAGUUCUUCUAGGUCAAGAUCAUGACAUAUCGAAGGAAGCAGGAGAGUAUGCUUGUUUCAUGGUUCCGAGCCUAUUUGCAUAUGGUCUUCUUCAAUGUCUAGUCAAAUUCUUGCAAACUCAAAACAUUGUAUUUCCAAUGAUGAUAAGCUCUGGAAUUACAACUUUACUGCACAUUCUUGUCUGUUGGGUCAUGGUUUUCAAAUCUGGCCUUGGAUUUAAAGGAGCUGCCUUGGCUAAUUCAAUCUCUAAUUGGAUAAAUGUGUUAUUGUUGGUGUUUUAUGUUAAGUUCUCUCCUUCAUGUGCAAAGACUUGGGCAGGAUUUUCAAAGGUGGCCUUUCACAAUAUUUUCACUUUUCUCCGACUUGCCAUUCCUUCGGCUAUUAUGGUCUGCUUGGAGAUGUGGUCUUUUGAAAUGAUGGUUCUGCUAUCAGGUCUUCUUCCUAAUCCAACGUUACAAACUUCAGUGCUCUCUAUUUGCCUUACCACUGCUUCUACGGUUUGGAUGAUACCCUUUGGACUCAGUGGUGCAAUAAGCACUCGGGUCUCAAAUGAAUUAGGAGCUGGGAAUCCAGAAGCCGCACGUUUAGCUGUAUAUGUUGUUGUAGUCAUGGCCAUUUUUGAGGCCCUUUUGGUGGGAUCAAUCUUGAUACUGAUUCGCAACAUUUGGGGCUAUGCUUAUAGCAGUGAAGUAGAAGUUGUUAAAUAUGUAGCAUCCAUGAUGCCAUUUGUAGCAGCUUCAAACUUUUUAGAUAACCUUCAAUGUGUUCUCUCAGGCACCGCAAGAGGAUGUGGAUGGCAGAAGAUUGGAGCAUAUGUCAAUCUUGGAUCUUAUUAUUUAGUUGGGAUUCCAUGUGCUAUUGUGUUAGCUUUCGUACUCGAUGUUGGUGGAAAGGGGCUGUGGCUGGGAAUCAUAUGUGCACUUGCUGUUCAAGUAACUUGUUUAAGUACUAUUACCAUUCGAACUAACUGGGAGCAAGAGGCAAGAAAAGCUACGGAGAGGGUUUAUGAUUAUGCCAUGCCGGUGGAAGUUUGAUUUUUUAUCAUCUCUUUAGAAGGAUAAACUUAAAAUUUCACCUAUGAAGUUACUGGAGCCAUUCUACUUAGUUGUGUUUGAACAUUGAAUCUAUUUCAGGAAUGUCAGAAAGUUGCAUGGAAUGAGUUUUUAAACUUCAAAACAGAUAGUAGUCAAUUUCUUGAAGCAAUGAUUGAAGGCAAAUUCAGCUAUGAAAAUUUUCAAACAGAGGAAGUUGCAGGCAGUGUUUAAGGAGAAGAACCCAAAUCCCAUUAAUAUAUAUAAAGGUUUCUCUUUUUUAUUCAUUUGCGUGGUUGAAAUGAAAGAGUUUAAUCCUUACCUAGCGCAACACAACUCAAAACUUUGCCUCCAUCUUUCAACGCCUUAAGGUGUUUUGGGGGCAUA